AUGACUUGCAAUCACGUUACCGGCGAGUACGUUUGCCGUACGGGAUACCUGGGUCUCACCUGCGAACAUCCGUGUCCGCUCAAUCGUUACGGGCUAAAUUGUUCGAAUCAUUGUCACUGUAAGAACGGCGGGGAAUGUCAUCACGUAACAGGUGUAUGCCAAUGUCGACCUGGCUGGCAAGGCGAGUACUGUCAAAUACCCUGCGCGGAGGGCACUUACGGCGUUAAUUGUACACAGCAUUGCAAGUGUCAGAACGACGGUAAAUGCAGGCUUAAGAAUGGCCAUUGUCAAUGUCCGCCGGGAUGGACCGGGACCAUGUGUACCGAAAUUUGUCCCGAGGGGUACUACGGUCACCAUUGUUUGGAGAUUUGCGAAUGUAAAAACGAAUUCUUCAGGUGCCAUUCAGUCGAGGGUUGUAUUUGCAGGCAAGGGUAUACAGGUGAGAAUUGCGACGAACAACUGUUCUCCCGUAAUAUCCAAGAGAAAAAUGACGGAAGAUAUAAGUAUAUCGGAGGCGUACUUGCGAUUAUUGUUAUAAUUGGCGCUUUGUUAGCUGCAUGGAGGUAUCGUCGUCGUAGAAUGGCUGUCAAAAACGAGAUGGCUCAAGUGCGAUACACGGCUAAGUCUGAGAAGGAUAAAUUCGACAUAAGUAGCUGUACCGACGAAGACGAUUCCAAAGGAACGUUCGGUCAGCGAUACUACCUGCAGAAGAAGGACGACCAUGUAAAAAAUCCAAACUUGAAUGUGUAUCACAACGUGAUAAGCGGCAUGAACGACAAAAGAGUCGAGCAUAUCUAUGACGAGGUUAAGCAGCCGCCGCUAAUGGCCGGAUGAUAAGACAAUAUUCCGAGUCGGACGCCAAAUUUUUUUAUGAUAAAGUAUUCUGUUAUUUUAAUAGGCAUAAUAUAAAAAAAAUUAAAUA